UUAAGGAGUUUCUUUCUUCUAACAAACAAGAGAAUUCCAUUUUCUUCUUCUUCUCUCCUUCCAAUCAAACAAGCUAGAGAGAACACAAAGGAAACUAGAGUAAAAGGGAGUAUUUUUUUCAAUAUGUCAUUGACGCAAUGGGAGGAAUAUAUAUUGAUGAAUGAAAACAAUGGAAUUUCAGAGAUAGAAAAUCCAGAAUUAUUAGGAUUAUCAUUAAGUAGUUUGAGUAACAAUAAUGGGGAAUUAGAAGAAACUCAAUUAUCAGAAAAUGGAGAAGCAUUAUUAUCAGAUGAAAUACUUGGGUCACUCAUGGAAGCUGCAACAUUAUUGGGUUUGGAAGAAAAUAUUGAUGGGGUUUUAGAGAAAGAAAGUUCAAAAUUAAUUCCAUCAUCCAUAAUUAAUGCUAAUAUUGAACCCUCAAUUGCAAAUAAAGCAAAUGCAAAGAAAGAAGAACACAAUGCUAGAGAAAGACAGAGGAGGAUGCAACUCUCUCACUCCUACUUUUCCCUUCGCUCUUUGCUUCCCAAUGCUAGAAGAUCAAAGAAAAGGUGGAGCUCAGGAACCAUAAUUGACAAAGUUGUAGACUACAUUCCAACAUUACAAAAAGAGAUUGAAAAUAUGAACCAAAAGAAACAAAAAUUGAUAAAAGCAAAAGAGAUGAGCAAUGAAAGAGUAUUAUUAGUUGAUGAAAAUGAAGGGUUGAAUAAUAAUCCAACUGUUUCAAUCCAUCAACUUUGCAAAGGAGAAGUGAUCAUCCAAAUAUGCAUAAACCAAAGAAACAAUAAUGUUAUUAUUAACUUCUCAAAUUUGAUUCAAAAAGCACAAGCAGAAGGCCUAUGCAUCAUUGGUGCUUCAACAGUUUCUGUUUCUCAUGACCAUCUCACCCUCAGCUUUCAUUUGCAUAUUCAGAUGGAUAGAAGUGUACAAGAAGCUGCUGAUUAUAAAUCAAUAUUAAGAAAAAAGUUAACAGUGAACAAUCUACAAAAUGAAAAAGGAGUGAGGCAAGAGAGGCCUGAGGCAAGGAAGGACGAGAAGAAAAGGUGCAGUUCGUGUGACAGUCAAAUAAGUGGUUUGUUCUUUCGUUAUUGUUCUCUCAGAGUUGUCGUCCUCGUGAGAAAGCUCUCUCCCUAAGUUUGUGAUCCAUUUUUUCUUCAUAGUGUGUUUUUAUGUACUCUUUUGUCGAUGGUUGUUGUAUCUCUAGAUACGACUAGGGAAGAAAUUAUUGUAACCCAUUAUAUUUUUAGUGGAAGUCAUUUUAGAGCUGUCCCAUGAUUUUUCGGAUUUUCUAC